UGGUGGUAUCAAUAGGAUCAAAAGAGAAAUCUGAUCAUAAAAGGGUACCUACAUAUACGCAAAAAUUAUUAUUGUUAUUAUUAUUAUUAUAAAGAUGGCAAAAUCAACAGCUUCAAAAGUUGCGAGUCUUGUAUUGAGAAUCCUAACGAUUGUUCUUCUCUUGAUAUCGCUCAUUGUGCUCACCACCACUUCCAAGACUGUUGAAACCGAUUCUGGCGAUCUGCGACUCAGAUUUAACGAUAUUAUUGCUUACCGAUACGUGCUUUUUACGAUGGUGAUAGGCGUAGCUUAUUCCCUUUUGCAACUUGCAUUUACAAUCUUCAGUGUAAUUAGCGGUAGUGAAGGCAACCUUAUCUUUGAUUUCUAUGGUGACAAGAUUAUAUCAUAUGUGUUAGCGACGGGUGCCGGAGCAGGAUUUGGUGUAACAAACGACAUGAAGCAAUUGCUUGAAUUGGGAAACUUUUUUGAGAAGUCGUAUGCUUCUAUCAGUCUCCUUUUCCUUGCAUUUAUUUGCACUGCCGUACUAUCUGUGCUCUCUUCAUAUGCUCUUCCUAAGCCACUCUAAAUCUAAUGUAUUAUUGUAACUUUCUUAUUAUGCAAAUGGAAAUUUGAUCUGAUCACACCUUAUUCUC